GGCAGCCGGCCAGGACACGGGACGGCCCAAACCGGAAAUCAGGGAAGCCCGGAGUCUCCGGGAGCCGGAACCAUAGAGAGCAGCGGCCGGACGGACACCCCGACUUCCGGUGGGAGCCGGAAGAGGAAGCGGUAGAGGCGGGGAGGAGAGUGGGGGAGCGGUACCCAGCUGCUGCUCGCUGGGGGUCACCCCGGCAGGCCGCUAUGGCCGGCUGCAGCCGGUUGCUGCUGCUGCCGCCGCUGCGCGAGGCCAGCCACCAGAUACCAAAAUGUUUGGUCAGAAGAAAUUUUUUGGGAUAUCCUCUUAUUAAAGCACAUUCUGGUCUGGUUCAGCAAAAUAAAGAGAUUUGCUUGAGACCCUGCAGACAUAUAAGUUCCACAGCAGCUUCUGCUAAAUCUGAAGAGGAUGUCGUCUUCAAGUGGGGCCUUUUACUGAUCCCCCUCACCACAUUUUGUCUUGGUACAUGGCAGGUUCAGCGUCGGAAGUGGAAGCUAAAAUUGAUAGCAGAUUUGGAGUCAAGAGUUGCAUCAGAGCCCAUUCCUCUGCCUAUAGACCCCAUGGAGCUAAAGGAACUGGAGUACAGGUCUGUAAAGACUCGAGGGUAUUUCGACCACUCCAAGGAGCUCUAUGUUUUGCCACGUUCAUUGGUGGAUCCUGAACGAGAGGCCAGAGAAGCUGGACGGCUGACAUCCAACCCAGAGAGUGGAGCAAAUGUCAUUACUCCCUUCUACUGCACAGACCUAGGGAUCACAAUUCUAGUCAAUCGAGGAUUUGUCCCUAAAAAGAAGGUGAAACCAGAGACCAGACUGAAAGGACAGAUCCAAGAUGAAAUAGACCUUGUUGGGGUGGUGAGGCUGUCAGAAACCCGGAAGCCCUUUGUGCCUGAAAACAACAUAGAAAAGAACCGCUGGCAUUAUCGUGACCUGGAGGCCAUGGCGAGGGUGACUGGCGCUGAGCCCAUCUUUAUCGAUGCAGAUUUCAGGAGCACAGUUCCAGGAGGACCCAUUGGAGGCCAGACAAGAGUGACCUUGAGGAAUGAACAUAUGCAAUACAUAAUUACCUGGUAUGGUUUAUGUGCUGCAACAUCCUACAUGUGGUACAAAAAGUUCAUACAAAAAAUACCCCUCUGAGAGAAGGCCCCCUGUGGGUCACUCCUCGAUGCAAUACAGACAAGACCUCAAGCUCUCAGAAGACCCACAGAGAAGAAACUGGCCUGGCUAUGAAAGAACCAGAAUUCACAAAUUGCAAGUUUCAUUUGAGUCUUCAUCCCAAGAUGGCUGUGGCCUAUCAAGUACUUGUUGUGACUAUGCUGCUCUGUAAAUCAGUGCAGCUAGCGACCUGCCAUAAAACUGUUGAUCAGAUUCU